GGCCGGGGGAAAUAUCGCGGCGCCGACUCCAGUUCUCUCUGCUCCGUCUGUUUAUAUUAUUUAUCGCACACGCCAUGGAAUUGAUUUCCCCCGCUAAGUCAGUCGGAACGUGCCUCCUGCUCUCCGUCAUCUAUGUGGCCAGCCUGUACAUGUGGAAUUCCAAGGAGAAUAGGGAUCAUCCAUCGACGAUCCUGAAGAGGUUCCUGAGCGUGUUCCUAGUGAUGUCAGUGUCGCCAGUGUUCCUCUACGUGGUCUCCUCGCAGAGCCUCCUCACGCGCGUCACCCUGUGGGAGGCCAUGGGCUUUCGGCGGGACGGAAUUCUCAUGGCCUUCGUCAUCCCACUUUGCCUCACGGCGCUCCUCUUCCUGGGCCCCAUCUCCAUGCAGGUGUUCAGCGGCAUGUGGCGGCUGUAUUUCCGUCCCACAUACUGGUUCUCCAGCUUCUGCAACAUCCUGUGGCUGCGGAAUCAUGUGGUAGCGCCGCUCUCGGAGGAGUUCACCUUCCGGGCGUGCAUGCUGCCGCUCCUGCUGCAGUCCUUCUCGCCAACGGCUGCCAUCUUCCUGGUGCCACUGUUCUUCGCAGUGGCGCACUUCCACCACAUUAUUGAGCGUCUGCGGACGGGAAUGGACGUGAAGACUGCCGUGACAAUGUCCUGCUUCCAAUUCACUUAUACGUACAUAUUCGGCAUUUAUUCAGCCUACUUGUUCACCAAGACCGGCCACUUUGUUGCCCCCUUCGUGGCGCACGCCUUCUGCAAUCACAUGGGCUUCCCGGAUGUCAUGGAGCUCACCAGUCACCCCAGGAAGCACCUCCUGCAGUUCCUCUACGUACUGGGGCUGGUCUCCUGGAUACUGCUGUUGCCCAUUGCCACGGCGCCUACAAUCUACGCCAAUCACCUGUACGCCCAGCAACUGUGAUUCCAGGAUCCAUGCCCUUCUCGCUUCUGUAAGAUAGAGAUAGACUCAAGCCUCUCCGAAAAGAAAACGUGUGAUUCUAAAGCGCUUCGUUUUGCCACCUUUGAAUAACGUUUUUAUUAUUAUUACACUUUUUUCUGUAAAUAUAGUCACAAUUGAAACGUGAAAAGGGACGCCAUCCGGGCCUAAAUUUGCAAGGGGAUGUCGCUCCAGGAGGUGGGAUAUGAUAAAGAUUGCCAUACGUUAUACAAGUGGAAUUUCUUAUGAUCCCGAGGAGAAAUCUGCUGGCGAAGUUGUCCUUUCGAAUGCUUAGCACACUUCCUAAUUCACAUAAAUCUCUAGUCUUGCCUGGAAACUGGCCUCUAGAACUCCUCUGGAUUACAUGCAUUUUACAUUGAAACAGCCUCCUAGGAGCGCCCUCGCGCGAGAGCCCCCUUUCUUGAUACUUAAUGCUCGAUGAACAAAGAAAAUGUGUCUUAAACGUACACUUGAUAAUAAAUCAAUUGACCGAAUGAGAA